AUGUUUGAAUUUACUCUGAAAUUUUUGACCGGUGAAUCACGAAAAUAUGAAGUUGAUGAAUCGGAAUCUGUUCGACAAUUUAAAGAACGUUUACGUGAUGAAUUAAAUAUACCAAUUGAACGUCAACGAUUGAUAUUUCAAGGCAAAGUUUUACAAGAUGAAACGAAACUUAUUGAUAGCAACAUUCAAAACAAAACAGUUCAUUUUGUCGAACGUGCUGAACCACCUCCACCACAGAAUACGAAUAAUGGUUUUGGUGGUGUAGCAUCAGGAACAGCGGAUAUGAGUCAAUCGAUGCUGGAUGAAGUCAAUGAAACAACAAGUGUAUUUAUCAAUGCCUUUCCUGGAUCCAUGAACUUAAAUUCAAAUGAUGUUCAGAGUCUUGUUCAAAAUUUGUUAAAUGAUCUUGGUGACGUUGGACGACAAGCUCGAGUCAACACAACAAUGACUUCUGAUGGUCAAGGUGUUGAUAUACAAAUUGAUUUUGGAAAUGUCGCACAAUACUUACAACAACAUGAAUUACGUGAACGAUUUCGUUCUAUUGGACGUAUGAUGACCCGUUUACGUUCAAGACUCGAUCGUCUAGAACAAUUAAUUGAAUCAAAUUUUCGUUUGCCAACAUCAACAGCAGAAAACUCCGAACAGCAAAAUCAGACAAACGACGCAGAUGCAUCAACCUCAUCAUCUACAGGCCCUGAAGAUAUAACAAGUGAAAUGGAUACAGAUGAUUCACAAACAUCGACACCACAAACAAAUGCACAGUCAACUACAGCAUCGAAUGAAGCUUCGGCACCAGUGACAACUCACACUGCUCGGGAAUUAGCUGAACUCAUGAAUUCCGUCGAUGCUGAACAACGACGUUUAAAUAAUCAUUUUCAAGAAUAUAUGCGCACAAUUACACGCACUGAAUCAUUUGGCGAAGAAUUAGCCGGUCGUCGACGUUUUUUUUCUUUGUACAAUGAAUCUUUACAUUUAAUUUCUCAUAUCUAUCAUAAUAUAACCGAUUUCAGUGUUGAUCUUGAAGAACCGUUAGAAACACGUGCCAUUCAUCUCGGAGAACCGACGAAUUUAGGAUCUCCCAAUAUGAUGGGUCCCGUUCACAAUGCAACUGCAACAGAUCAAAAUAUGUCAGCAGUUCAUAGACUUCCACGUCUCAAUAGCAGAAGGCCAACAGCUGUUGCAACAGCACGGAUUAUGGGCCCAGUCUCUUUUGGAGCAGGACAAAUGGGCUUUCGCCCUCAAACUCCACAAGGCGGAGUCCACUUCCAUCCUGCAUCUAUGGGAGUUCGUCAAGUACCAGAAACCGUCCCAAAUAAUGCUGAACAAUCAUCGUCUACGCCAUUAACAUCGACCAUGCCUGCAACAGCGUCAGGUAUGCAACCAAUGACGUUCAAUCUUGGUGUUCCAUGGACAUUUGUAGAAAUGGGACCAACUGGUAUCACAUUAAAUCAAGUAUCAGCUCAAGUAGUUGCCGACGUUCAAACAUCUGAUGGAACAUCAUCGAUGCCUACAGAAAUCCCACAUCUCACGAAUUUAUCAGGCAUGCCAAAUCUUAAUAAUUUACCAGGCAUGGCAAAUCUCAAUAAUUUACCAGGCAUGGCAAAUCUCAAUAAUUUACCAGGCAUGGCAAAUCUCAAUAAUUUACCAGGCAUGGCAAAUCUCAAUAAUUUACCAGGCAUGCCAAAUCUCAGUAAUUUACCAGCAAAUGCAACUGUAAUUAUGGGUCAAAGAGCAACUGAUGCAAAUGGACAACCUGGACCAAUUCAAAUCAAUGGGGGAGCGUUUGAUAACAAUUUUGCUGCUUCGAUUGCACAACGUGUACAAGAACAUUUUGCUCAGUUAGCUGGACAAACAGCAGCAGGUGUUGCAAGUGGUUCGACGAAUGUCUCAUUUUCGACACAAAUACCAUCAAAUGAUAAUAACCAAUCAUUAAAUGCUGCGGCAAGCACAUCAGCAACAAACGAACGCUCGCAAGCUCAUGCAAGAUAUGUGCCGAGUGGGACACUUACCGUGAACCCUUUGACUGGACGUUUGGUUCUUGAUGGUUCAUCUCGCUCAAGAUCAGCCGAUUCGAGACCAGCUUCUAGUUCUAGUGCAACAACACAAUCUCCUACAGGCAGUCCAUCACAACAAGCAACAAACUUCACCAUGAUGACCAGUCAUGAUAAUCCACUUCAGGGCAGAAUGAUGAUUCCUGGACAACGAACAACAAUUCUUCAAAGCGUCGAUCGCUCGCUGCCGUGCACUUCACGCUAUUUUUCUCAUACAAUACGUUCACGUCAAGACGGUAGCGGAGCUUUUGGGCCUGACAGAGGUCGUAAUGUUUUUAUUCGUCGUGGAAGACAUCGUCAUCCAGCGGGACAUGGUAGAUACAUUUAUCAACAACCACCGCAACAACAAACACAUCCAUCCGGUACUUCAAAUGAUUUUAUUAUGUCUUCAGCUGGUAUGCCCCCUUCGGCAGAGUCAAUGUUUUCUUCAAAUAGUGGACAAUCAUUUGUAACUGCACACACAUUUGAAAUUCCAAUGAUUAUCUCUGCCUCAACGGAUAUUUCUCAACAACCACAAGUAUCAUCGCAAGAGCAACCCUCAGCGACGUCUUCUUCGCCAGAUAAUCAACAAACGCAAGCACAGCCAACGAACAAUCAGCAGAACGCUGAAACACAACAAGCACAGAAUACAAUUUUAUCUCAAGUACUCUCACAAAUCUUACCUGGUGUUUUGAGAAGUGGAACUGGUCGUAUUAGAUUGAAUAUAGGUCAAAUGAAUGCGAAUGGAGCGGCGCCACAGAUGUCUGUAGGCAAUAGUAUGAAUUCGACACCAUCUGCGAACACAACACCACGAGCAGCCUCUGCUUCCACCUCGACAUCUGGAACUAACGCAAAUCCAGCUACUGCAACGAACGAAACUCAGAAUUCGUUGGGUCUUGACUUUACUGGCAUCGCUCGAUCAAUUGGAAGUAUCGUUCAAGAAAUAACGGGAAGAUUGACUGGGACCACAUUUGGUGCGCCAAAUCCAACUGAAAGUUCACCCUCAGUGUCCUCCACAACUACAUCUACAUCAUCAACUACAUCAACAAACACAUCUUCAUCUACGUCGAGAACAACUCCAACACAAGAUGAUACUAUCACAGGACAGAUGUUGACUGAAUUGGUGAGGUUAUUCGGGAAUGGUCCUGAAAAUCCUGAAUUGAAUAAUUUAACAAUUGGAACAUUUAUGCAACGCUUUGGAGAAGAUGCUGACUCACGUAACAGUGAUGGAACAUCCUUAGUGAGUGAAUUAUUUUCUGUCAUGACUUCACAAAUGAGAUUUUCCGAUGUUUGGAAUCUUGUACUGGGGAAUCCAAUAGUUGGUACAAGAUUUAGUGCAGCCAGACAUUCAGCUACCGAUUAUUUACAAAAUACUUUAUUACAAGGACGACCUAUAACACCGGAAACAAUUGAUGAAUUAUGUGCACAAUUGUAUCAAUCACUCAUUCAAGAAGCCUCGAUCGAUUUUAAUGAACUUCCUGUAAAACCACAUAUUAAUUUGAAAAAUGUGAUGAAGCGUUUUUUCAUGCAUCAUGGACGAGCUAUUCUGAAUAUAAUAUUUCAUGAUGAUGAUAACGUAUGGUUUGACCAUUUUCGUCAACAAUUAAUUUGUCUACGUAAUGAAUAUCUUGCAUUAGCAUCCCAUUGUUUCGAAGGUGGUGAAUCAGCAGCAAUUGAAUAUCUGUUAAAUCGUCAUCGCGCGAUAUUUCGUUCAACGAAUCAAAUGAUUCUUACGUGGAGUGAAACAUAUUUACGUACAUGUUUAACAAAUGCCUUUUCUUCUAUACGUUCAUCGCCUCCUAAUAUUUUAACAUAUUUGAAUGAACCACCAACUUCAAACCAACUCCCCCAGGAACAUCAUAAUGGCGUUACCUUGUCAACCCCAGUUAAUACGAUCCCGCAAACAUCAACGAUUGCAAGUAAAACAGGUAACGAAAGACAAGAACAAAAGUUAACAAUGACAACAGCAAGUCAAGAGAAUACUAAUUGGCAAGCCGAUUUGCCAGAAGAUUGGAUACCAAUUGUUAUUGGGGAUGUUGCUGUUCAAACUCAUGUUCAACCUCAACCACCAUUUAGUAAUGCAUACAAAGAUGGAAUACCGGCAAAACGACGACGUGUACAUAAUCGUGAAGAUUUAACAUCAACAAAUCUACUAAAUAACAUAUUAAUUCGUGCUGCUCAAUCAUCAAAUACUCAGUCACAAUUACCAGAUUCUGAUAGUCUACGUCAUAUGGCUUCAUCACCUGAAGUAUUGCAAACAUUUGAACAAGAAUUAAAACGUCUAUUAGAAUUACGUUUAAAAAAUGAUCGUGAUUAUGAAAAAAUACAUACACGAAUGCCAAAUACAAAACGAUAUUUAGAAGAAUAA